GCACCCGCGCUCGUCGUCCGCGUCGACGACGACAAUCAUGUCUAUACCACCUUCCCUCCUCAAUGCAUUCGACAAUCUCAGAGACCAGGCCAAAGAUGCUAUAUGGGCUCUAUCCUCCUGUCUCUGUCAACAGUCCGCAAAGAUCAAGAUAAAUGGCCGGACAUUCAACAUCAUCAAGGUGCUUGGCGAGGGCGGGUUCUCCUUUGUCUACCUUGCGCAGGAUGAGCACAGUGGGCGCCAAUUCGCGCUCAAGAAGAUACGCUGUCCGACCGGCUCUGAUGCAGUCAAGGAGGCUAUGCGCGAGGUCGAAGCGUACAGGCGAUUCAAGCAUCCCAACAUCAUACGCAUCCUCGAUUCCGCCGUCGUGCAGGACCCCGACGGCGAGGGCAAAAUCGUAUAUCUUUUCCUCCCGCUGUACAAGCGCGGUAAUCUCCAAGACGCCAUCAACUCAAACGUCGUAAACGGAAACCACUUCCCCGAGGGCGAGAUGCUGCGCCUCUUCCGCGGCACAUGCGAGGCCAUCCGCGCCAUGCACGACUACCGCGCGCCGGUCGCGUCCUCCUCGUCCGCUCAGCAACAACAGCGACAGCAAAGGCGAGACGAGCAGCAGAGACACUCGGACGACGACGAGCGCUUCCCGCAUCCUGAGGGCGAUGCGGAGGGCGGGUACUCGUACGACGGUGCUGACGUGCCGCUCGUGACAAAACACCGGGUCGAGGAGGAAGGGGAUGUGAUCUUCGAGGGAGACCAGGACCUCAGCAGCAAUGGAGGUAACACGGAAUUGGUCCCCUACGCGCAUCGCGACAUCAAGCCUGGCAAUGUCAUGAUCGCCGACGACGGCGUAACACCAAUCCUCAUGGACUUUGGCAGUACCGUGAAGGCACGCAUUCCCAUCCAAAACCGGAACCAGGCUCUCGUGCAGCAGGACAUCGCAGCAGAACAAAGCACCAUGACCUACCGCGCACCCGAGCUCUUCGAUGUCAAGACCGGAGUCACUCUCGAUGAGAAGGUCGACAUCUGGUCUCUCGGCUGCAUGCUCUAUGCCCUCGCCUACAACCACUCGCCCUUCGAGUCUACUCAAGGCGAGCAGGGCGGCUCCAUCGCCAUGGCCGUCCUCAAUGCGCAAUACAAGCACCCGCCUUCCGCCUACUCGCAAGGCCUGAAGGACCUCAUCGACAGCAUGCUGAAGGUGAACCCGGCAGACCGUCCGGAUAUCCACAGGGUCAUCCAGAUGACGGACCGAGUGCUGCAGUCGCUGGCGUAAGUCAUGGGAAUCAACCUGAGUAGGUGUGGGCGUAAAGGUCUCAGUGGAGCUUGCACGUCCCUCAACGACGCGUACAUACUUCCAUUGACUCCAUGGACUGUUGGGUAUUGUAUAAAUUAUCUAUUGGAUCAAUGCUAGAAGCUGUACUUCGCCCGACGCGCUAAGUAGCUCCAUGGUCGUGCAGAGUUUCAACUCAGCCUGCCGUCGCGAAUGUGUAACGCGAGCUUUGCGAUCUUCAAC